AUGGCGUACAAUGGGCUCACAGUGCCUUUCAUCGUGAUGAGAGUGUUCUGGGGCUUCGUGGGCUUCUUAGUGCCCUGGCUCAUCCCUAAGUUUCCUAACCAAGGAGUCAUCAUCACCAUGUUGGUGACCUGUUCAGUUUGCUGCCACCUCUUUUGGCUGCUUCCAAUUCUGGCCCAAAUCAACCCUCUCUUUGGACCACAGUUGAAAAAUGAAACCAUCUGGUAUCUCAGUUAUCACUGGGCCUGAAGAAGACAUGCUCUACAGUGCUGUCAUUGAGAUCAUUGAG